AUGCACAAGAACAAACCAAAUGACGAGUCAAGAAAGCCGGCUGGCUGUUCACAAUGCAGAGCCAUCCGUAUGGAGUGCACCUUCGAUCGGCCACAGCAGCGACGUCCACGAAGGUCAAAGACUUUGCCGUCUUCUAUCACCGACUCAAGCCGCAUCUCAGAAUCUGAAACUGGCAGUGGCUAUUCAGCGGAGACAACCGUCCUUGCUAAUUGUAGCGACAUACAAGGGUUGCGAAAAGCCCUCAAUCUAGAUACGUCAAUAUCAACGGCCGAGCCGACUCCGACUCCGACUCCGACUCCGACUUACACUUCCGGCGCAACGUUGAUGGAAGAAACUCCCAAGGAUGGUAGUCGAGAAGCGUUCCAGCUGAUGAUCAAAGAUUAUCUUGACCUUCUCUACCCACUGAUGCCCAUCGUCCAUCGCCCGACUUUCAGAUUUGAUGUCGCCCGGGAGCGGGAUGAACGCGACCCUGUCUUUUAUUCUUUGCUUCUGAGCAUCUCUGCGAUAGUGGUAUCUCAGCUACCACGUCGAUUCUUAGACUACAAGGCCGCCCAGUGGUUUUUCGAAUUCAGCACCCCCAAACAGCUUGUCAUGCACCUGGAGAAACGCAUCCACGGCCUGCGAACUCAUGAUUACUUUGAAACUCCGGCGGUAGAGAAGUCCGCGAUUUCGUUUUUUCUCGCUUGCAGUUACUCAAGUCUCAAUGUUAAGGGACGCAUGUCGAUGUACUGGGCUGAGAUGUGGGUGAUCCUGAGGAGCCUAGGAGCCAAUGAUGCACAGAAUUACACUGGUCUAGAUUUUGUGGAGGCACAGCUGAGGAAGAAGGCUUUUUGGCUGUAUGUUUACUACGCCGUUCAUGAACGUGUCGACGGGUCUCAAGGCCCAUCUCUGCUGUGGAAGCCAAUCCCGGAUCAGAUGUUACUCGAUUCCGAGCAGCUGGAGACACUGCUUCCCUUGGACCUGGAUGACGAGUACAUCACACCCAAUACCUUGUAUCAACAGCCUUCUUCUGAGGUUCCUUUGGCUUCCGGGUUUACCGGCCUCAUCCACAUCUUUUUGUGCUUGAUAGACCUGCCGGAAGAAGCCGUUGGCAGACCAAGGACCGAUAGCAGUACUACAGCUGGGGCACAGCCCCUAGAUCGAUACACGAAUCGCCCAGACUACCGAGUGCUGACGCGAAUGUUCGACAGAGUUAGAUUUGUCCUCGAUGACAUUGCACCUCAGAUGGCGCUCUGGCAUGGCGAUCGGCCGGCGGGCGAAGUCGACCCUUCAGCUUCCGCCCAGAAUUCCGACACCCGACUAGACCAAUUGGAGAGCCUGCGAGCGAAUAUUCAAGUUACCAGACUGUGGGUCCGUAGCCUCAUCUUCGAGCGCCUCCUUGCUAUGUACCACACCUUCUCGACUCCCACCGAAAGGGAAGCCCAGGCCCACGAACGCGCCCACUGGGCCGAACGCGAAGAUAUCUGCGAACAGCUCCUGGCGGUGCUCUACAACAUCAAACAGAAAAACCUCGAGCCUAACGGCAUCACCUUGACCUACAAGAUCCGCCAGGUCGCCGCCACCCUCCUCGACUGCCCGUUCGAAGAGCACACGAGCAUCUCGCGGCGUGCGAGGCUGUACAUUGAGAGAUUCGUGGAGUUGUUGACCCUGCUGGAUAAGUAUUCCUUCCAGGACACCCAGCUGGUGGUUUGGAGUGAUUUCGAGAGGCAGGAAAGGAGGCCUGUGCGGGAUUUCAUGCGCUUGGGUGCGAGUGGGUCGUAG